CUGGAAACCUCGCGAGAGUUAGCCUAGCCGGCCACCCUGCAGUUCUCCCAGACGCUGAGUCGGCCGAGCGGCCCGGCUAGGCACGGCAAUGGCGAGGCGGUUCUUCGAGUCCUACAAUGAGUUCCCCGACGGCUCCCAGUGUCACCGCAAGGCCUACAUCACCACGGCCUUAGGCGGCCUUUGCGGUAUAAUAGGCUCUGCUUACAGCAUCACACACAACCCUGCAGACUCGGCCCUGGAAGCGGUGGCCAGAGUUGGCCGGUUCACAUUCACUGCAGCUGCUGUCGGAGCAAUAUUUGGCCUUACCACCUGUGUCAGUGCCCAGGUCCGAGAGAAGCCGGAUGACCCCCUGAACUACUUCCUUGGUGGCUGCGCGGGAGGCCUGACGUUGGGAGCGCGCACUCACAGCUAUGGGACUGCAGCCGUGGGCUGCGUCUACAUGGGCACCGCGGCCGCCCUCUUCAAGAUCGGCAAGCUGGAAGGCUGGGAAUUGUUUCCCACCCCCAAGGUGUGAGCCAAACUCUGUGACAAAUAAAUGCUGUGUGUCCCUGUG